AUGGACACGCAAGAAGUUAACUCUGUGAAAGUUACUGGCCUAGUUCUUCUGAAAAUAAUUAAUCACUGUGAGGAAGAAACUCUUUUAGCCACUGAGCAUGUAAAUGGUGUGCUCCUUGGUUUGGCUGUCGGUGAUGUGCUAGAAAUAACAAAUUGCUUUCCGCUGCCGAAGGUCUCCGAAGAUGAUCAGAGUGGAAACGAGGCCCUAAGUGCCUAUGAAUUUGAGAUGAUGAAAAAUUUACGUGAUUUGAAUUCUGACUACCUCAGCGUCGGUUACUACCUUGGCGGCUACGGUUGUCCGUUGACUCGUUCUCUUCUUGAGACGCUUUUCCAAUUUCAGAUUCAAAUUUCAGAGGCAGUUCUGCUAACUUAUGAUCCCUCAUGUGCGACUCGCGGCCAGCAUGGUCUAAAGUCGUAUAGGUUGUCAAAAGUUAUUUCUGAUGCAAUGCUCGAGACGGAAAAAAGAAUACGUCUGAUGGGCAACUCUAAGAAUGCUGAAAUCUCUUGGGAAUGUGACCCUUCUCUUCAUGGCGGUAAAACUACUUUCACUCGCUUGCUUGAGGAGCUUCCAACCAGCGUAGUAAAUUCGAAACUCGCACGCAUUCUUCUUAAAGACAUCGUUGACCAAUCAGAUGAACAAGUUGGCGAUGCUACGCAAGUUAAGGCCCUCAAUAGCUUCUCAGGUCUCCACCUCAGCAUGGCCAGUGACUUAGAGCAACAGUUGAGGUCCCUUAUUCAACGCUUGGAUACUAUUUAUGAGUUACAGUUCACUUACCAGCGAACCAUCAGCAAACUUGCGACACAAUCCCUUACCAAGGCAAGGCGUUGGAAAUUUAGCGCCUCGGAGCAAAAGGUGAAGGAGCUUGCCCCCAUACGCCUGGAGACAGCCCUGGCCUCGUGUCAAGCUGACCUCUACUCUUCUGGCAUCGCCCAAUUAGCCGGACAGACGGUCGGGAAGCUCAUGCUUGCCGAGGCCAUCCAUCAGUACAGAAGCGAGCCUUCUGCCGUCACCGACUCGGAGUAG